AUGGCUCCCCGCUCUCGCGUUUGGCUCAUCACCGGCUGCUCCUCCGGCUUCGGCCUCGAGCUUGCUAAGGUCGCUGCUGCCCGCGGUGACAAGGUGCUCGCUGCCUCCCGCAACCCCGCCAAAGUCGAUCUCUCCCACAAGAACAUCACGGCUGUCCAGCUUGACCACAACAAGCCCCUCCCUGAUCUGAAGAAGGCUGUUGCCGAAAUUGUCAACGUCCACGGCGUUAUCGACAUUGUCGUCAACAAUGCAGCCUAUGUCCAGACCGGCACCCUCGAAGAAGCCACUCCCGAGGAGACGUACAAGCAGUUUGAGGCCAACUUCUUCGGCCCCCUGAACCUCUACCGCGCCGUUCUUCCUCAACUAAGAGAGCAAGGAUCAGGUACGCUUGUCACCAUCGGCAGCAUGGCCGCAUGGUACCCGAUGAACAGCUGCAACCUGUACAAUGCCUCCAAGGCCGCUCUUCGCUGGGCCGGCAUUGGUCUUGCCGAGGAGAUCAAGGACUUUGGCAUCAAGCACACUUUGAUCGAGCCCGGAUUCUUCCGGACCAGCUUGCUCAAGCCAGGGGCCAACUUAAGCGGCACCCCUGCCUCCACCAGAAUGAAGGAGUACGACGAAAUCAACGCCAAGGCCGACCAGGCGUUCAAGGACUUCAACGGUAUUCAGCUCGGCAACCCCGUCAAGGGCGCUGAGGUAAUAUACGAUGUUGUCACCAGCACUGGUGUUGCCGAGGGCAGGGAGCUGCCUGGAUUCUUUGCCUUGGGCAGUGAUGCCACGGCUGAGAUUGGAAAGGCUUUGGAUAAGACUAGGGAGGAUUUGGCGGAGUGGAGAGAGAUUAGCAAGAUCAGUGAUUUCCCAGAAGGAAAGUAA